AUGUCUUCUAUAAAACCCGUCAUCGAUAAACUACUAAAAUCCUACAACAAAGAAACACCGCAGAAUCUAAAACUCAUUGAUGCUUAUCUAGCGUUUAUUCUUGUUUCGGGCAUCUUGCAAUUUGUGUAUGUAUUAUUAGCUGGUACAUAUCCGUAUAAUGCUUUUUUGGCAGGGUUUAUUUCAACAGUAGGACAAUUUGUGUUAGCUGUAAAUGACAAAUGUGUUUAUGAAUCGUCCAUCAUUCAAUAUAAAAUAGCUGGUCUACGGAUACAAGCUAAUUCGAAGAAUGCUGGCGAAUUUAAGACAAUUUCUCCCGAGAGGUAUUAA